AUGACAUCAGUGCAACAGUAUGAGACCCCAUUUGGUUUCCAGCAUCCAGAUAUUGUGAUAUCAUCAACGGAUUUCGAGGGGAUCAAGACGCACAAGGAUGAUCUUGUGGUUGUAAUGAUAAGGAUCAAUAGUUUCAAUGUGCGGCGAGUUCUUUUGCACCAGGGAAGCUCUGCCGACUUUAUCUACAGCGAUGCGUUUGAUCAGUUAGGACUGACAGACAAAGAUUUGAUGCCCUACACAGGAACGUUGGUUGGCUUCUCGGGCGAGCAAGUCUGGGUACGCGGAUAUAUAGAUUUGGACACAAUUUUUGGUGUCGACGAGAACGCCAAGCUUCUCCGCGUAAGGUAUCUUGUGUUGCAGGUUGUGGCAUCAUACAACGUCAUCAUUGGAAGGAACACGCUCAAUCGCCUCUGCGCGGUAAUUUCGACGGCUCACCUGGCGGUGAAAUAUAUGCUGAUGUGCGGAAGAGUGGGAAAGAUUGUGGUUGAUCAGAGGAGGGCGAGAAAGUGUUAUAACAAUUGUCUCAGUCUGAAUGGAAAAAAGGGAGCUGGCGAGGGACACAGGUGUCAUGAGGUUUAG